AUGCUGGUACGUCUUAUUCUAUGAUUAAAAGUAAGUUCACGAAAUUCUAAAUAACUAAUAGGUGUUAACAAAAUUCACACCGACUGUUACAUUAUUGUAACAAUUGCCUUUUUGUGAUACAAUAUGUAUUGUUUGCGUCAAGCCUCGUUUCGGGGUCAACUUGAAACACUAGCAUCUGCUUAGCGAAUCACGGAUAUCGGACAUCGGAGUUCGCGUGAGUGAUAUUAACAAGGCUUACUUAACAGUGAUUUUAACUGGAAGUAAACACUUCUUGGCCCACAUGACUGAUGAACAUUUAUUGAAUUCCAGGGGGAUGGCUUCUUGUCUCCAACGUUGUUUCGCACGGUUCAUCUCCCACUCACUGGCAGUUGCCAGUUAAGACGUAGUACCACGGUCCACGGAGUAAGCAGCAAAGAGAUGUUACUCACCAAAAGCGCCAUGAAGGAGCUGAGGAAGCAUUUGAAUUUUACUCAGAUAAGAUUUCACUGUAAAAAAAUAGGAGGCCGUACAUUUCACAUCACCACGGCUGCUAACAGCAAAGGUGAAGCCGCUGUCAAAUAUCUUGACUUAGUUAUGACACAAAUGUGA